AUGGAGCAUAUGUCGUCUCCAGUGCGCUUUAGAAACAGCAAGAAAGCUGCAACUCUUUCAGAAAAGGAGUUGGAGAGUCUGUCCAUUUCAAAUCGAGAAGAUGUCCAAUGUCCUUUUGCAAUGAGAGACCUGCCUCCAUCUGGUCUUUCUGAAGAUGUGCAAUCAAUUCCACAAAACCCCACCUCAGUGAUAAACUAUGGGGCAGAGGCCAUAAAUGGCAGACUCUCCAGUCAGCCUGGAACCCCCAGUUUAGUUCGGCCUGCUCCUCUGAGCUUGUCUGGGUCUCCAGUGGUCCCACGCAGGUCCAGCAGGUCUGGGUCAGAUGCAGAGUUUAGUCCUGGAUUCAGAAGGCAGCUGGUUUCUCAUGGGUCUCUGGACUCUCCCCUCAGUCCCUCUUCAAGACCACGCAGCCCUUGGGGACGCUUUGACCCGUACGACUCACCAGAGGAUCAGGACAAAGAGUAUGUGGGGUUUGCCACUCUUCCGAACCAGGUUCACAGGAAAACUGUUAAAAAGGGCUUUACAUUCACCGUCAUGGUGGCUGGGGAGUCUGGACUGGGUAAGUCCACUCUCAUCAACAGUUUGUUCCUCACUGAUAUGUACAAAGACAGAAAGGUCCCUAAUGCAGAAGAGCGCAUCAGUCAAACAGUGGACAUUGUCAAACACACUGUCAGUAUAGAGGAAAAGGGCAUCAAGCUAAGGCUCACCAUCAUAGAUACACCAGGCUUUGGCGACGCUGUCAAUAAUUCAGAAAGUUGGAAGCACCUUGAGGACUACAUUGACCAGCAGUUUGAGCAGUACUUCAGAGACGAGAGUGGUCUAAACCGGAGGAACAUUCAGGAUAACAGAGUGCACUGCUGUCUGUACUUCAUCUCACCCUAUGGACACGGGCUUCGUCCCAUUGACGUCCAAUGCAUGAAAGCGUUACAUGAAAAGGUCAACAUUAUCCCAAUUCUGGCCAAAGCUGACAGCCUCACAGCAGCGGAGAGGCACAAGAAGAAGAUGAAGAUCAGAGAGGAGAUCAAGCAGUUUGGUAUUAACAUCUAUCAAUUUUUAGAGUACGAUUCAGAUGAAGAUGAAGAUUUGAAAAGACAUGACCAAAUUCUCAAGGACAGCAUCCCAUUUGCUAUUAUUGGGAGUAACAUUCAAGUGGAGAGCAAAGGUCGCAGAAUCAGAGGGCGUCUUUAUCCCUGGGGAGUGGUUGAAGUGGAGAAUCCAGCACACUCGGACUUCCUGCUCUUGAGGAACAUGUUGGUGCGGACUCACAUGCAGGACUUGAAGGAUGUGACCCGAGAGUCCCACUACGAGAACUACAGGGCCCAGUGCAUCCAGAGCAUGACGCGUAUGGUGGUGCAGGAGAGGCAGCGCAGUUUACGGGAGAAGCAUCGUGAGGGGAGCUUGGCUGAGAUCCCUUUACCUUUACGCAUUGACCCUGAAACAGAGCGACUGAUAUUUGAGAAAGAUGAAGAGCUGAGGAGGAUGCAGGAGGUACUAGAGAGGAUCCAAGAGCAGAUGCAGAACAGCCAAAUGGGAGGAUGCUGA